UCUUACAGUGUACCUCAGUAACAGCGAGCAGCACUUCACAGAAGUUCCAGUUACUCCAGAAACAAUAUGCAGAGAUGUGGUGGAUCUGUGCAAAGAGCCUGGCGAGAGCGACUGCCAUUUGGCUGAAGUGUGGUGUGGCUCCGAACGUCCAGUUGCUGAUAACGAGCGAAUGUUUGAUGUUCUGCAGCGAUUUGGAAGUCAGAGGAGCGAAGUUCGUUUCUUCCUCCGACAUGAACGCCCCCCUGGCAGGGACAUUGUGAGUGGACCAAGGUCUCAGGAUCCAAGUUUAAAAAGAAAUGGCGUAAAAGUUCCUGGUGAACAUCGAAGAAAGGAGAAUGGCGUUAAUAGUCCUAGGAUGGAUCUGACUCUUGCUGAACUUCAGGAAAUGGCGUCUCGUCAGCAGCAACAGAUUGAGGCCCAGCAACAAAUGCUAGCCACUAAGGAACAGCGCUUAAAGUUUUUGAAACAGCAAGACCAGCGUCAACAGCAGCAAGCUGCUGAGCAGGAGAAACUUAAGAGGCUAAAAGAAAUAGCUGAGAGUCAGGAAGCCAAGCUAAAAAAAGUGAGAGCACUUAAAGGCCAUGUGGAACAGAAGAGGCUCAGCAACGGGAAACUUGUGGAGGAAAUUGAGCAGAUGAAUAGUUUGUUCCAGCAAAAGCAGAGGGAGCUGGUUCUGGCUGUGUCAAAGGUAGAGGAACUUACCAGACAGCUCGAGAUGCUCAAGAAUGGCCGGAUCGACGGUCACCAUGACAGCCAGUCCGCGGUGGCCGAGCUGGAUCGGCUCUACAAGGAGCUGCAGUUAAGAAACAAAUUGAAUCAAGAGCAGAAUGCCAAGCUGCAGCAACAGAGGGAGUGUUUGAAUAAGCGCAAUUCAGAAGUAGCGGUCAUGGAUAAGCGUGUUAAUGAGCUGAGGGACCGGCUGUGGAAGAAGAAGGCAGCGCUACAGCAAAAGGAAAAUCUUCCAGUUUCAGCCGAUGGAAGUCUGCCCCAGCAGGGGGUGUCUGCACCGAGUCGCGUGGCUGCGGUCGGUCCCUAUAUCCAGUCGUCUACGAUGCCACGGCUUCCCUCGAGGCCUGAGCUUGUGGUGAAGCCAGCGCUGCCGGAUGGUCCCUUGUCCAUGCAGGCUUCAGAGGGGCCCAUGAAGGUACAGACGCUGCCCAAUAUGAGAUCUGGGGCCGCUUCACAAACUAAAGGCUCUAAAAUCCAUCAGCUGGGUCCUGAGUGGAGUCCUCUGAAUGCAGACCUUUUCCCACCCCAGGCCUCUGCUUCUCUGCCCAAAAGCUCUGGGAAUGCUUCAGACCAAGCUGAUGAUGGGGAGGUGCCACUGAGGGAGAAGGAGAAGAAAGUGCGUCCCUUUUCCAUGUUUGACACGGUGGACCAGUCUGCUGCCCCGCCCUCCUUUGGUCCUCUGAGGAAGAACCAGAGCAGCGAAGACAUCCUGCGGGAUGCUCAGGCUGCAAAUAAAAAUGUGGCUAAAGUACCACCUCCUGUUCCAUCAAAACCAAAACAGAUUAAUUUGCCUUAUUUUGGACAAACUAGUCAGUCACCGUCAGACGUUAAGCCAGAUGGAAAUCCUCAACAGUUGUCAACGGCUGUUGCAUCCAUGGGAAAUAAGCCAAAACCAGCAGGGCCACAGCCGAGGGUCCUGCUGUCCCCCGGGGUCCCUGCGGUUGGCCAAGACCAGCCCCUUUCUCCAGGUUCUAAGCAAGAGAGUCCGCCCGCUGCCGCUGUCCGGCCCUUCACUCCCCAGCCUUCCAAAGACACCCUGCUUCCACCCUUCAGAAAACCCCAGACCGUGGCAGCCAGCUCAAUAUAUUCCAUGUACACACAGCAUCAGGCUCCCGGGAAAAACUUCCAGCAGGCCGUGCAGAGUGCGUUGACCAAGACACAUUCCAGAGGGCCACCCUUCUCCAGCGUAUAUGGCAAGCCUGUGAUUGCUACGGCCCAGAACCAGCAGCAGCACCCAGAGAACGUUUAUUCCAAUAACCAGGGCAAACCCGGCAGUCCGGAGCCGGAAACAGAGGCCAUUUCUUCAGGUCAGGAGAACCAUGAAAACGAAAGAAUUCCUCGGCCGCUCAGCCCCACCAAGUUACUGCCCUUCUUAUCCAAUCCUUACCGCAACCAGAGUGAUGCCGACUUAGAAGCCCUCCGAAAGAAACUGUCUAAUGCACCACGGCCGCUAAAAAAACGCAGCUCCAUUACAGAGCCAGAGGGUCCUAAUGGGCCGAAUAUUCAGAAACUCUUGUAUCAGAGGACCACCAUAGCUGCCAUGGAGACCAUCUCUGUCCCGUCAUACCCACCCAAGUCAACUUCAGUGACCUCCGGCUCAGAAAGCCCGGUAGAAAUCCAGAAUCCCUAUUUACACGAGGAGCCAGAGAAGGAGGUGGUCGCUCUGGUUCCUGAACCAGUGUCCCCAGAGGACGUAGGGAGUGGCAGUACAGAGGACAGUGACAUGCCAGCUCCUUCUCCGGGCUUUGAUUGUGUGCCCGAAGGAGUCCCAGACAGCAGCCCGAGUUUCCAGAACAGCGUGGAAGAACCGAAUGCAGAGGCUCCCCAUCUGCUUGAAGUGUACCUGGAGGAGUACCCCCCCUACCCACCCCCGCCAUACCCGUCUGGGGAACCCGAGGGGCCAGGAGAAGACUCUGUGAGCAUGCGUCCGCCUGAGAUCACUGGGCAGGUGUCUCUGCCUCCUGGCAAGAGGACAAACUUGCGUAAAACCGGGUCAGAGCGGAUUGCACAUGGAAUGAGGGUGAAAUUCAACCCCCUUGCUUUACUUCUAGAUUCAUCUUUGGAGGGAGAAUUCGACCUUGUACAGAGAAUUAUUUAUGAGGUCGAUGACCCGAGCCUGCCGAAUGAUGAAGGCAUCACGGCCCUCCACAAUGCGGUGUGCGCAGGUCACACGGAAAUCGUUAAAUUCCUGGUGCAGUUUGGUGUCAACGUGAACGCGGCUGAUAGUGAUGGAUGGACCCCGCUGCAUUGUGCGGCCUCCUGUAACAACGUCCAGGUGUGUAAGUUCCUGGUGGAGUCGGGAGCCGCUGUGUUCGCCAUGACCUACAGUGACAUGCAGACAGCUGCGGAUAAGUGUGAGGAGAUGGAGGAAGGCUACACCCAGUGCUCCCAGUUUCUUUAUGGAGUUCAGGAGAAAAUGGGCAUAAUGAAUAAAGGAGUCAUUUAUGCACUUUGGGAUUAUGAACCUCAGAACGAUGACGAGCUGCCCAUGAAGGAAGGCGACUGCAUGACAAUCAUCCGCAGGGAAGACGAGGAUGAAAUUGAAUGGUGGUGGGCACGCCUGAACGAGAAGGAGGGAUACGUGCCGCGCAAUUUGCUGGGACUAUACCCAAGAAUUAAACCAAGACAAAGGAGCUUGGCCUGAAACUUUACAGAAUUUGAGUUAAUGAAGAAUUAAUCUCUGUUACCACUCAGAAGAAGUACAUAUGAUUGUUUUUGGCAAAAAAUUCACAAGACUUAUUUUAAUGACAAUGCACCUUGAAAGCAAUGAAGAAUGUACUCUGGAAGAAAAUGAAGGAUCGAAGAAUUCACUAUUCUUGGAGGACAUUCAGCCAAUGAAAUGGAGCUUAGGAGUAAGCCGACCGUACAUUGGGGUAAAGGUGUUGUUCCAUGUAGCGCUCAGAAAGAUGUAGUGACAAUCUUGUUUUCCGCAAGAAAUAGGACCAUUUAUUGGGCUACUGGGAAAUCAGCUUCGUGUCCAGCUUAGUUGGCGUUUUCAGCACCUGCCCCUGUGCCUGUCCUCCCACGAGAAAGGACCAUUGUCAUCGUGGCGCCGUCUCUGAUUGUCCCCCAGCACCAGCAGGCCCUCGGGACU